GAGAAGAACUAUUUUGACAAUUUGUUCAACAUAGUGAUGGAUGAUAAGAAUAAGACAAAAGAUAACCCGAAGGCUAGACUGGAUUUACAAGAAUAUUGUAGGCGACCUGAAUUAUAUUUGCAGUCUACGAAUAAUGGUAAGGUGUUCAAGACCAAGGCUAGCUACACAUUCACUUUUGAAUAAAGACGACAAAUUUGUGAGUGGGUUACAAACCUAAAGAUGCCUGAGGGAUAUGCUUCGAACCUGGAAAAAUGAUAUGUUUAAAAGAAAGCUGAUUCAUAUGAAAAGUCAUGACUGUCAUAUCUUCAUGAAAAUUUAUUCCCUAUUACAUUUUGUAGUUUGCCUGAAAGUAUCUGGAAACCCAUCACAAUGAUAAGUCUGUUCUUCAAAGACUUAUGUUCAACCACAUUAAGGGAAGAAAACCUAUUUCAAAUGAAUCGGAAUAUUCCUGUAAUCAGUAAUAAGCUGGAAGUGAUUUUUUCGUGUGGUUUCUUUGCUGUGAUGGAACACCUUCCAAUUCACCUUGUACACGAGACGCGACUUGGAUAGCCGGUUCAAUACAAGUGGAUGUAUCCAUUCGAGAGGUAAUGAUCAAACCUUGAUUCAUUCUUGUAAUUUUCUUUAACUUUAUCGUCUAAUAUGACAUUGUGCAGGAAUAUCGGCAAGUGUAAACGAUUUGUUAAACAUAGGAAUAGGAUUGAAGGAUCCAUAUGCGAAGCCUAUCUUGCAAAGGAAACUGCCCAUUUUUGUUCUUACUACUUCGACAGUCAUGUGCCAUGUGCUAGAAAUAGGCCCAAUCAGCACAAUGUCAUGAUUGAUAAUAAUCCAUUAUAUCCACCAAUGUCCAUAUUCAAUCAACCAGGCCGAGGUUCUAAAGAUUGAUCAAAAAGGGGCCUAAGUAGUAUGGAGUACAAAUGAGCUUCAAAUUAUGUGUUGCUAAAUUAUCCGGAAGUUCAACCCUUUCUUAAGUAAGUGUUGACGUAAGAUUAAUUUACAUGGACUACUAUUUAAUUCGGUUGAUGUAACUAACAAAAUUUCAAUGUGUCGCUCAGUGACUUUGUGAGUCAAAUUGGCCAUGAUGCUGUAUAUUCUACAUUUGAGGCAUGAUUUAAAGAGUGUGUAAGUGCAUCUUACAUACUUUCUCACAUGUGAAUAUACAUACUUGGCCACUUGUGAAUACACUUGCUCACUUGUGAUUGAUUUAACACGACAUGUAGGUCAAUAAUCUAAACUACGGUGUUAAUCAAUUUUUGAAAGAUAUAUCUUGGGGACCUGCACCUACAUUUACAACUAUGUCUAAGUAUUUUGUGAAUGGUUAUAAAUUUCACACCGAGGAAUGCUCUAAGUAUAAAAAAAAGCAAUAACAGUGGGGUGUGUGUCAAAGGUGGUGAAGGUAACCAGGAUGGGAAAAAUGAUUAUUAUGGCGUGAUCAAAGAGAUUCUAGAAUUAUCAUAUUCAGGUUGGCCAAAUAAGAAGAUCAUACUUUUUCGAUGCAAGUAAUUUGACCCAACACCUAGAAGAGGUCUAAAUGUACACUUGCAAUACAACAUAAUUGAGGUUAAUAAUAGAGGGAGUAUGAUCGCUAUGAUCCUUUUAUAAUUGCAGAAAAAGUUAGGCAAGUGUAUUAUGCUCCAUAUCCAUUGCGGAGGGAUAAGGUUGAUUGGUUGGUUGUAAUCAAAACUAAGCCUGUUGGUGGGGUGAAAGUUGAGAAUGUGCUAGAUAUUACUUACCAAAAUGAUACCUCAAGUGUUAACGAAAUGGUGGAUGAUCAGUUAGAAAAAUGACUUGGAGCAUCCUCAACGCAUAUUAGAAGAAGUUAAUAUGGAGGAAAUAACCAUCAUAGAAAAUGAGGACGAAGAAUCACCUGAUGAAAAUGAAAUAAGUGAAGAGGAAGAAUUUUCGGACGAGGAAGGAUACUUCGAAGACGACUAGCAUAUGACUGGUAGGGGUUGAGGUAGGUCUAGGAAGGAUAAGAGGCCUAUUGAUCUGAGGAUAGUGCUACACCCUCGCUUCAUUCCACUCCACACUUGCAUCCCUCCGCUGCUGAUGGACGGCAACAAUCUUCUAGGCACACAUCUUUUCCACCACAUCCAUCUACUCAUCAGACUACCUACCAUUCGCUCUCCCAGUAAUAUUCUUACCAUUCUCCACCACAGGGCUAUACCCCGCUUCCUCCACAUGAUCUUGCAUAUAGUUAUAUGGGUCCAUCGAGUCAGCAGUCACAGGUCCAUGUGGUGAUGCGCCCGUCAUCUGCUCAAUUUGAUUCACCACCAGCUGGAUCACAUCCAUCUAGAUUACAGCCACUCGGAUCGUAGUAGUGGUCUGAAUCGCAGCAUGAGUCUAGAUCGCAUCCAUCUUCAUCAGCGACCCCGUCUCCCUCUAUACGGAGUUCGUCUCCUAGCAUUUCUAGACUUCGCCUUCGGGAUAGUAGCGCUGAGCCAGAUGCCACCCCUUCUACGCACGCUUUAGAUACACCGGAGGAUGAUGAUCUAGAAGAAGUGCGGUAUGAUCGUUAUCAUAGAAUGAUCAUUAGGCCUGAGGGCAAUAGGUUCAUACCUAGUCAUCAGACUACAAAGAUAAUCACUAAAGCUCUUGGCCGGCUGUAUGAUGCACACUAUGCGACUUGGGGUGAUUUUCCACCGAAGCUCGUGGAGCAAAUCUUCAACCAAUUUAAGAUUUUAAUACAAUUCUUAUCUAUUUAAGUAAUAUAUUAACAAUAUUUUCAUCUAAUGUUACCCACUUCAUUUGCAGACUAAUUGUGUCUGGGAGGACCGGCAUAACAGUUCCAUUCUUGCAAAUUUUGAGUUCAAAUACUGGAAAAAAAUAUGGGAGGAAGAUGACUCAUGAUGAGUUCUUCAUGGAGACUCACAUCCGGAAGAAGAAGGCGCCGACAUAUCCAAGUAGAUGGGUUGAGGACCGGGCGGAGACCACAUAUAAUCGCUAUAAGACUAUUGUGGAGGAGUACAGUCAGAGCUUGCCACCGAAUGAGCAAGGCGAGCGACCUUCCAUUUCAGACAAAGAAGCGCAGAAGAUAUGGUUGGAUGUUGUCGGUGGUCCUAAAAAGGGGAUAGCAUACGACCUUCCAGAGAGAUUAUUUCGGCGCUACAGGGUUGGAUUGCAAGGUAUAGGGACUUCCGCCCAGGGCGGCGAGGCACUUGAUAGGUCGACUCUCUCGGCUAUGGAAAAGAAGAUCUCAAAACUGUCAGCAGAGCUUGAAGAGGCAAAGAAUAGAGAAGAAAAGAGAGAUAAACAAUUUGAUAGCCUUCAAGGUCAGCUAGAAAAGAGGGACCAACAAUUUAAUGUCCUUCAAGAUCAGCUGACCAAUCUUCUUGCUAGUGAUGCUUUCCCCAUUCCUCGGUCUCGUGAGUCUUCCCCAGAUGCUAAUCCUUCUCGUCGUGAUCCUUCGAACAAUGCCAAUGAUGAAGCUUCUAGUAGUGAAGAUGGAGAUGAUGCAGUACAAAACACUCCUUGAAUGGUGUGUAUUGCUAAACAAAGUCUUGAACUUAUGAAUAUUUAGUUGGAAUAGUUUUGAAUGAUGACUGUAUUGUUUACUUUGUUAUUGAACAUUUGUAUUGUUGUUGUUGUGGUUGGCGUUGUUGUUGUGUUUGUU